AUCACUACCAUAUUGACGCCCACUGAAGCUUCGCAUCCCAAAAAUUCAGAGGAUGGAGCUCGUACCUUUUUCGCAAUACAUCCCGAACCCGCAACAGAUCCUAAAGGCCAUAACAGCAGGAACGCUCCCAUUCUUGAGCUCAGAGAAUCCAAACCUGACACCCAGUAAAUUCUCAUCAUGUCCAAAACCAGAGUUGAGCUGUCAAACCAAGUACGAUAGUCAAGAUACAUGCUGCUUCAACUAUCCCGGAGGUCAUUUCCUCCAAACCCAGUUCUGGGACGCUGAUCCGGCUAUUGGUCCCAAUGAUUCGUGGACGAUACAUGGAUUGUGGCCAGAUCACUGUGACGGUGGAUUUGACCAAUACUGUGAUUCUCACAGGCGGUAUAGCAAUAUCUCAUUGAUCUUAGUUGACUCCGGCCGUGGUGAUUUACUCGAAUAUAUGAGCGAGUAUUGGAAAGACUUUCGCGGCGAUGACGCCAAUUUAUGGGAGCACGAGUGGAAUAAGCACGGCACAUGCAUAAGUACACUUGAAACGAAGUGUUAUUCUGAUUACAUUCCCCAACAGGAGGUGGUGGAUUACUUUGACAAGGCUGUGGAUUUGUUCAAGAGCUUGCCUUCUUAUCAGACCCUAGUAGACGCCGGUAUAGUACCGUCACAUGAUCAGACGUACAGAAAGGCGGAUAUUGAAAAGGCUCUUAACGAUGCUCAUGGUGCGCGAGUUACUAUAAGGUGUCACGGAAAAGCUUUCAAUGAGAUCUGGUAUCAUUAUCAUGUUGCUGGACGCCUACAGACCGGAACCUUUGAGCCAGCUGAUGCAGUUGGAGGGGGAUCAAACUGUCCUAGCUCCGGUAUUCGCUAUAUCCCAAAACGCUCAGCUCUGCCUCAUAGACCUCAUCCUACGACCACUCGUCCUCCUGGACAACCCGAGCCAACGGGCCCUGUAGAGCCCCGUCGAGGAAAUCUGCGCGUCUAUACGGGUGAUCAACAACAACGUGGCUGUCUCAUCAGCCAUGGUACGUGGUUUACGUCAGGUACCUGCGCGACAUUCAAAGCAACAAAAGUCACUGGUGGCUUUAAUGUCCAAACCCGUAGAGGACCCUGUGGGUUCGUAAAGGAUGUUUUUACGUGCGGCCAUCAAAUUCGUGUACCAGCUCUAUUCGAAAUAUCCGAUAACAACCAGCUAACAUACAACGGAAGCACUACUUUCUUCGCCGAUAAAGCUCCCAAAGGUCACGUACAAAGUAAAGUCUUUGCCCAUGGAGGUGAUAAUGAGCAUGCUAUUGAGUUGAAUAUUACUUGGUUUGAGACAUGAGGUCAAGGUAUAUAUACAUACAGAGCGUUCUUUUUGAUGCAUCGAUAGUUUUGUAUACGCUAGAAGCUUUUCUGAUAUAGAUGAAUGAAUGGCUACAUUGAAAUGU